CGUUAACGACACUUUGUUGGCUAUUAUGUUUUGGCGCGAGUUUAGCGGCGGCGGAAGGAUCGCGGCGUACGCCCUGUAUUAAACUCAGUGACCGCUGCAACCACACCUACUCUGGCUGAUACAAGCGGCGGAGGAGAGAGGAAAAAGCAGGAUACACCCGAAAUGCUGCCCUGCACAAACUUCAAUUUUACACGCAGAAAGUUUCACUUGGGCAGGAUUUUCUAGUCGUUUUUGUCUCGCUGUGGACUUUGCUGGAUAAAUAGGGCAUUUCUACUUUUUGUCUUUAUUUUGAGUGCAUUCUCCUGUAAGGACAGUUGAAGAUUUCAAACAUGUUGGAAAGUUUCACUCAGUCGCAGGACUGGUUUUGUUCAGAGCCGCUGCUCUUUGAUGACGAGUUCUGCCAAAGCCUGAUGAAAGACCUCCAGGCAUUACCGACACCUCCGCAGUCGCCCCCCAUGAAGUCUGGGCUGGGUGGUGAUAAGCCUCUGUCCAAGGAGGACCAGCUCAGCUACGUGUCGGAUAUUCUACUGGAGGACCAUGACAUGCAGCUCAACUGGCAGUGUGACUUCUUCCACUCUGAUGCUGAGAAAGAAGGCGAGCUUAACCAGCCCUGCUCUGAGGAAGCUGAGGACUGCCUCUGGCAGUGCCUGGCAGCUGAGGAGAAGCUUGUCUCCUCACUACUCGGUUGCAGCCCCGUACUAUCUGACAUUGAUACCCGCAUCUUUGAGGAGAUCGCCGGCUCCACACUUGACUGCCAGAGCCUUAUGGAAGCUCCGGAGCCCAGUGAAGCCACAUCAGACUACGGAUCAGUUGGUGGCGAGCUGUCCACAUAUUCAUCUAGCGACUCUGAGGAGGAAAUUGAUGUGGUGACUGUGGUCCGCUGUUCCUCAAGUUCCUCCCCUGAGCCUUCAUUGGCUGAACGUCAGCAGAAGCAAGAAGAGGAACAACGUGCUCGGCAGCGAUACCGCUUUGAAAUCCAGCUACAGCACAACUACGCUGCUCCCUGCCCUGCAUCACCACCGCCAUCAAACAAGCGUGCACGAGGGAGCGAUGGCCCGUCACGCUUCCACUGCCUUUCACGCAGUUCUUCUUCAUCAACCUCAUCGCGUCACUCAUCCCGAAACUCAACAGAGACUGAGGAUGAGGAGGAGCGGAGAAAGACUCACAAUGUGAUGGAGAGGCAACGCCGAAACGAGCUAAAGAACUGUUUCAUGCGCUUGCGCGACAACGUGCCUGAGCUGUCGCACAAUGACAAGGCAUCUAAGGUGGUGAUCUUGAAGAAAGCCAGAGACUGUAUUUAUAGUUUAGAGGAUGAGUCCCACAGACUGCAAACCAGGAAAGACAAACUUAAAGCCAAACAGGAAAAGCUGAAAGCCAGACUAGAGCAGCUCCGUAGGUAACGGACCAGGAUUGGACAUUUGUAGGUUUUCAGAGACUUCUUGGGUCGGGGAGGGCGGGGUAAGGGAAGAGACUUUGUAGAUAGAUGGGAGUAAGAAAUAGCUUUUCCUGCUGGAAAGCGCACAUACAGUUGUUUCUGUCAUGUAGACUGUAUAUUCACAUGCACACAGUUUCCCUGGACAUGAUAUAACACACAUUGCCUCAUAAUUAAUCUUUGUCAUGCCUUGACUGUAGAGUGUAGUGCAUUUCUUUCUUUUCUUUUGGUCCCCCUGCCACCUCAAUACACAAGACAAAGACAACAUCCUGUCAUUUCUUUUGCGUCAUCUGUGGGAGUAUGUCAAAUGUCAAUGAUUUAAAGCAAAGUCUCAAUUAGACCAAUUAACUGGAAGCCACUGCAGUACAGUGUUGUAGUUUAAUGAAACUUGAAUAUUAUUUUCAGGAUCUUUUAUAGCCAUAUUGACUAUGAUCCCUCCAUUCUCACAGGUCUUUGGUGGCUUUAGAGUUAAUUGUGCUUUGUUAACUUUGACUUAAUGUCAUUACAAAGUUGUGCCUUCAGCCUUGUAUGGCUUUUACGUUUGGGCUAAACACAACUAUUACAGAAUAAUGUGUGUUAAUCCCAACGCUGUACACUGCAAUGCUUGGCCACAGUUCAGCUCAACACUAGUUCACUCACUGAGUCAUGUGUUAUCUGUUAAGCUCAAAGGUGAGCCAUAUUAAGUGGACUUCAGGUUUGUUUUUUGUUAAGACUGAACUGCAAGCUUUGCAAAGCAGCCAAAGUUUGGGCAAAAUCUCUAACAUUUAUAGUGUGUGUGUGUGUGUGUGUGUGUGUGUGUGUGGGUUUUUUUUUUUUUUUUUUGUUUUUAAUAAACAAAAACAAAAAGAGGACAGACUCAAAGUUUUAAAUUAAUAGUCGGAGGAGGCUGCAACAACCGCAAUCAUAGUCACUUGAUUCAGUCAUUUUUCUUUUGUGUCAGUUCAGGUGAGGAAGUGUCAUUUUGAUUGGUCAGUUGGUGGCCCUUGUACUUGGAUCAAAUUUUUAAAAAAUGAACAGUGUUUAAAAGAAACAAAAAUCACACUACUUAUGAUUUGAAAUAAAUAUUUUAUGUAAAGACUUAUCAAUCAACAAGGGCCACUCACUAAUAAACAUUCCCUGUUUUGAAAGGUUGGAUUCACAGGCUGUUCUAUACUCUCGCUGUAACACACAAAAAUAGUUUAUAAGACAUGAACAUGUCCAGCAGAAUCCUCGACUGUCAGGUGAUUAAUUUGCUGAUGUUGCUAUUAAGGUUAAUAAUGAAAUGUGCAGAUGGCCUAAUUAGGUUUUGAAGUAAGUUCUUCCUAAAUCAGUAAGUAUUUGACAUGUUGAUAGCCAGAAGCAGUUUUGCCUUGAGAUGCGUGCUGUUCAGGACACUGUCUCCUUUGUUUUCAAACCAGUUCUUUCAGGGAAGCUUAAUUGUAUUUCUGCAAAUAUUUAACUGUUCAUUUCAUAGAAAUUAGUCAUAUAACUGCCUUGUAAACAUAAAGUGAGCAGGGAUGACUCAAUUUUCUUUAGGAAACCUACCUCCACCUGGCUGCAAUCGGGCCUGUGAUGUUUUUGUUUGCCUUUUGUUCUGUUGUACAUAUUGUACAGUUUUUGUUCAAGUGUACAUUUAAUAUUGUAAUAUAACUUAUUUUAGUCUUAUUCAUUCUCUGUUGUGAAUGCACUUUUUUUUUUUUGGUUUUUAAAUAAAAUUUAAAGUGUAAAUUAGA